UUGCAUUCGACUUUCCUUGAGAGUUAAGCCAGCAGCAGUCAUUUGUGAACAGUGUAGGCGUUUGGUUGUGUAAAGCAGAAGCGGAAUUAAAUUUUUCGAAAAAAAAAGAAAAUAACACAGCAGUUGUUGUUCAAAUCGAAAACUAAAAGCGGAAAAUGUCUUCAAUCAAGUAUUUAUUGGCUAUUGCCGUUGUUGCCUCUGUGGCCACCACUGCCUUUGCCGUCCAUUGCUACCAAUGCGAGUCGCUGUCAAACAAAAAAUGCGGUGAACAAUUCGAGGCCGAGGAGAGUAUGAAAGUCGAUUGCAGUAAGGCUGCUGUUCCCGCCUAUCUUCUCUCUUUGUUCACUGGAACUAAUCUCAACUCGACCGGCUGUAUGAAACAAACUGUGGAUGCCAAAAUGGGCGGCAUUCACAUUGUACGUUCCUGCUAUUUCGGUGAUAUUUCCCACACCGAAAAGGGCUGCAAACCCGAUGUCACCGAUUUGUUGUCCACCCAGCUGUCCUGUGAUGUCUGCUCUGGCGAGCUUUGCAACGGUUCCGGUUCAAUGAUGCCCGUCCUGAUGACCAUUGUGGUUUUCUUUGGUCUGGCUCGCCUUUUCUCUUAGGCUGUUUGUGACCUCAUCAUGGAAACCGCAAAAAAAAAUAUUAACUAAAUCCCAUCCGAAUUAAAUGUGUGUCUUUCGCAAAUAUUUACAAAUAAUGUUUUGAUAUGUUUAUUAUUAUUGUUUUUUAUAAGUGUGAACAAAUAAAACGCUAUAUUUAUUUCAUAAAAA